GGUGUGCCGCCAACGCCACACGCAAUCCUCCAGCUCCAGAGGUCGGCUUCCAGUUCCAGGCGCCAUGGGGUCAACACUGCCGCUGUUUGUGCUACUGCUUGUCGCAUACACCGGCGCCGCUCAGCUACCACCAUCGAUGAAAACUUGCAAGCAGACUGACCCAGACUUCAGCGGCUGUUUGAAGAAUGCUCUCAUGGACUCCAGACCGAUUCUGAGACAAGGAAUUCCGAGUCUGGGUCUCCCAUCUAUUGACCCGAUGCACUUCACGCAAAUCAGCAUUAAGGACACACCCGAUCGGCCAGUGUUUCUUAACCUGGAAUUCAAUGAGGCCGAUAUGAUCGGCAUGGGUGAGGGAAUUGUUGACACCCUUGAGAUGAAGCCUGGUAGCUACAACAUGAAGGCACACAUACACUCUGGCGUACCAUUCCGGCUAGUCGGGCCUUACAAGGCCGACGGCAAGGUGUUGGUACUCCCUGUCAAAGGAGAGGGAAUAAGCAACAUAACAGCACCUAGACUGGAGGCCGACCUGGAAAUGACUGGACAGCCGGUUGAACGCGAUGGAGAGGUGUACUGGGAUGUGACGGACUUCAAAGUCAAUCCCCAUUUGGAAAAGUUGGUGGUUGACUUAACGGGUUUAUACAACAACGACAAGGCACUAGCUGACAACACCCUCAAGUUCCUCAACGAGAAUUCUGGGGAGAUCGCGAAGGAGCUGGAACCCGCCAUAGGGGAAGCAUUGGGCGCUUCUUUCAAGGAGAUGGCCAGGAGAGUGUUUGGCAAGGUCCCGUACAACUCAGUGUUCCCACCUUCGUGAAGAUGCGACGAUCUAUACGUUCUGCUCGAAGAAAACGACUAUAUUAGUCUUGCUAUGUAGAUGCACGAUCAUACAUACCUACCUUGCUGCUUGUGUAUUGUACUUUGCACAAAUCCUACAAUGUAGAAAAAUUGUAUGUAUAAUCAAUACUUUGACUAUUAA